AUGGAUGCACGUCAUGGACAUCAACCAACAUUGGAUCCCAAUACGAUUCAAGAGCUAGAAGUUCUACGAGCAAAGCUGUGGUCAUUGCAAGAAACUUUUUCAACCCAAAUUACCUACCUCAAGGAACCGAAGUACCCAUUCACAUGGCCAGAUCUUCUCAACAAGUUCAAUAUGCUGACAGCAAAAUUCGCAUCACUAUCAGAAGACUUUUACAACUUCACUGAAACAGGAAGCAACGCAACUCUUUUAAAGCUUAUGCUCCACCCCUACACACCGACUACUACUGAACAAGAAACUAACAUCCUGAGUGUCUUAUUACGUACAAAGCUGAUUCCUGAUAUUGAGAAGCUGGAGGCAGAAACGCAAGCAGCCAUUGCCCAUGAUUUAAAACAGCCUACAUCGCUUCAGACCGAUCAUAAUGGAUCAAAUAAUAUGGAUGAUGAUACCUUAAUUAGAAAGGGUUUGGUUCAAUGGACAACCUUGCGACAACGUCACGAUCGCCUAGCCGUUAAUGCUGUAAAUUUUGUGGCAGACUUUGUACAUGAUCAUCGGGACACAUUCUUACAACGCUACGAAGAUAAGGAUGAGGACGAAGAUGAAGAAAUGGAAGAGAAAGAAUGGGAAAAGAUGGGAUUUUCAUCAGAGCAAGUUUGGCGAAAGUGGAAAUUGGAAUGCAUGAUGAACUUCUAUAGUAGUGGCAAGGAAGAGGUUCAGGGUAGUGAUCUGAAAAAGCUUUCUGGGGUCGCUAAGCCAAACUAG